AUGACUUCGACAUCUGAUUCAGUAGAACAAUCGAACCAUCUUGAUAAUCAAGAUAAUGAUACAGUUUCAUUACCAUUAGUAUCAUCUGAUGAACACAUCUCAGAAGAACAGAUUCAAGAACCAAUCGCACCAGCAGACUCUGAAGAAACUGAUAUUCCAGCUGGUGGUACUAUCGAUGGAUUACCAGAAGCAGAUACAUCAACAUCAACAAUUAAUUCAACGAAUAUGAUCACUGCUGAAGCGUCAUUUACCGAAGCAACUUCAGGUGACCUUCCGUCAGGAGCACCUCGUUCAUCCGUUGCUCGGAUUUUAGUCAAGCCCGGGCAAAUCUUUCGUGUCCAAGUCGAUAAUGAAGUCAAAGAAGUACAUGGUAAGUCACUGUUUCUUCUGAGAAAACACGGUUGA